AAAGAGAGGAAGAUGGGUGGGAGCUUGGAAAAAGGGUGUGUCGAACUCUGUUUAAAAGGUUUGUGUCUGUGCUCUCCUUUCAAAUCCCUCUCUUCCACCCUCUUGAACUACACAACUUUUCAUACAACUCUGCCAACAUGUCACUCCUAAAGGCAAUGGAAGUGCUCAUGGCUACCUUCAACAAAUAUGCUGGAAAAGAAGGAGACGCAAAGACUCUGACCAAGUCAGAACUCACUGAUCUGCUCCGUAAUGAGUUUUUUGGGGGACAAAUCCCAGACAAAGCCACAGUGGAGCAAUUCUUCAGCGACCUGGAUAACGACAAGAGUGGCGUCGUUGAUUUCAAGGAGUAUGCCACUUUUGUAGCUGCCCUCACCAUGGUCUUUCAUGAGUGCGCUAAAUGAAGAUGCUGAGUGCUCCAUCUUGCACCAGUAUCACAGUCACAUCUAUAAACUUGUCAUUAUCAAAAGUCCUAAGAAAGAAAAUUUGGUUAAAUAUACAAACACAUUAAUCACAGACAUGUUGUUACAUACAAUAGGCUUGAGGGACUUGAAAUGUGCUGACUAUGAGUGCAUAUCACUAAUUUUGAAUGUCACAACUGGCUAAUAAAGAAAUGAAAUAAAUUAUGUCACAUGAAAAAAAAA